CGCGCGUGGGUUUGCAACAAAUUUGGAGAAGACUGGAGGUCUGGACUCUGGAGCCGAAGUGCGCCCGCCGCCGCCGCCAUGACCACGCUCCUCCGCCACCGGUUGGGCGCCACAGCGGCCGACGCCUUGCUCGCCCACCGCCUCUCCUUCUCCACCUCUUCCCGCCGCACGCCGCACCGCUUCCGCCGCAGCCGCCGAUCCCCGAACCCGGCGCCGCCCUCUCCUGAGGUCGUCUCCGCUGCCAUCGGCACCCUCCCCUCCCGUCUCACCCCGCCUCUCCUCGCCUACUCCCUCUCCUCCGUCUCCGAUGACCGCCUACUUCUUCCGCUACUCACCCACUCCCUCGGCCUCCCCACCUUCCGCCCCGACCCGGGCCCUUUCCUCAUCGCCAUCAAGCGCCUCGCCGCCGCCGAUCUCUACGCCGACUUCGACCGCACCUGCGCGCUCGCCUUCUCCCUCCUCCCCUCGCUCCCAUCCCCCGGGCCCCUCCUCAGCUCUGCGCUCUACUUCUACUGCCAGUUCCGCAGGAUCGGCAAGGCAUUCCACGUCUACACUCUCAUGCGCUCCUCCGCCGACCCCGCCGCGCGCCCCUCCGCCGACACCUACCACACACUCUUCACUGCGCUAUUGUCCCGCGGCGGCGGCGACACCAUGGUGCACUACAUGUACAUGGACACCGUCGCCGCUCUGUUCCGGCAGAUGUUGGAGGAGGGGGUCCCGCCGGACACGCGCGCGCUCAACGUGCUCGUCAAGGGAUACGCGCAGUCGCUGCACCUCAACGACGCGCUGCGCGUGUUCCACCAGAUGCGGCCCGUCUACGGUUGCGAGCCGGACGCCCUCACGUACAGCUACCUGGUGCACGGGCUGAGCGCGCAGGGGCGGACGAGGAACGCCAGGGAGGUGUUCGACGAAAUGCGGGCGAAGGGGUUGGUCCCGACGGAGCCGGCGUGCAACGCGUUCGUCAGCGCGCUGGCGAUGGCAGGAGAGGCUUCGGAGGCGGAGAGUGUGAUGUGGGACAUGGUUCGGGCGGGAAGGGUGGUCGACGACGUCACAAGGAGGGCGUUGCUGGAGGAGCUGUGGAGUUUGGGGAGGAGGGACGAUGCCGACAGGUUGGUGAGGGAAAUGGAGGAGAGGGGCAUCGUUGGUGGAGCUGAGCGGCGAACAUUGCUUCGUUCACUCCAUGACGAGUUCGGUGAUGACGAUUUGGAUGUUGGCGAUACACGGGGGAGAACAAGGUGACUGUCGUGAUGGAUGGAGUUGAGAAGCGCUCAUGUCCCAGAAACAGGGCAAUCAAAAUGUCAUGAGGAACAUGUAACAGAAAAUUU